CUUCAUCUCAACUUGUACAACAGCAACAACUACCACCACCACAACAUUCCACCUCUUGAGAAAUUCGAAUGACAUGUUGAACUGGUCGAAUUUCCAAUCAACUUCAUCUCAUUAACAUUCAAGAUCACAAACCUCAAUCAUCGCAACUUUUGAUCUGUUAUUCCUCUUAUCAUGCAUUGUACCGCUUAUUUUGUUUUCGCAGUCACUUGGAUUGUCAUCAGUUCGUUCUCAUACGGUUAUCAUAUUUCAGCUCUCAACUCUGCUCAAGAUGCAAUCACUUGCAGAUGGCAUGGUUCUUCAACUCCAUUCGUUAAAACUCACAUGCUACCUCUAACUUCAUGUUUGGUCAUGUCUGAUAACCUUUUCGGACUCUUAACAUCUUCAUAUACUAUCGGUGGUUUUGGUGGUUCUUUAUAUGCGUCACAUUUGGCCAAUUCUCAAGGUCGAAAACGUUCGAUUCUCAUUGGCUCAUUGCUGAUCGCUUUCGGUUCAGCACUUAUGGCUCUUGCUACUUCUUUCAUUCCUAUGUUGUUGGGAAGGACGAUCAUUGGUCUUGGAUGUGGUCUCAAUACUGUCCUAGUACCUAUAUACCUAAGUGAAAUUUCACCAGUCGCCAUCAGAGGAUCUAUAGGUGUAAUGAAUCAACUUGGAAUUGUUAUCGGGAUCUUAGCUAGUCAAGUUGUUAGCAUGCCUCUUGCUAAACCGUUUAUCUGGAGAUGGAUCUUCGUCAUCAGUGGAUGUAUCAAUGCCUUCCAACUUGUAAUUGCACCUCUAAUGAUCGAAAGUCCCAAAUGGGCUAUGGAACAAGAAGCAAAACGUGCUGGUAUUCUACCUACUCAAUCAACUUUACGAAACGAAUCUGAAGAUCUCACUGAGGCGCAAGGACCUAACGAUGAUGUCGAAAGACAAGGGUUAUUAAGUCACCACGAUUCACCCGGUGCUAAUGAAGUUCAUGCCCAGACUUCAACAUCUCAAGAUGAAUUAUCCAUUUCAGAACUUUUUCGUGAAUGGCAUCACGAUCCGGUUUUAGCUAGCGGAUUGAAAGUAGUAUUGAUCACUCAACUUGCUCAACAACUAUCUGGUGUCAACGCUGUGUUAUACUACUCAACUUCUAUCAUGAAAUCUGUCUUACCAACCCAAGCAGCCUAUAUCUCACUCUUCAUCACCUUCAUAAACGUCUUGAUGACCUUCCCACCGAUUUUCUUAAUCGAUCGAACCGGAAGAAAACCAUUAUUAAUAAUCUCAGCAGGAAUGAUGGCCUUGACAUCUUGUAUCCUUGGAUUUUCGAUUAAUAUUGGAUUUGCUCAACUUUCUAGUUUGGCUAUAGUCUGUUUUGUGGCUAGCUUUAGUCUGGGUUUAGGUCCGAUUCCUUUUGUGAUCCUUAGUGAACUGGUACCUACACAUGCGAUUUCUGCUACUGGAGGCCUUGCAUUAGGUGUCAAUUGGGCUGCCAAUUUUGCGGUUGGUCUCUUGUUUCUGCCUCUUCGUAACGCUAUGGCCUCACCUGAUGGUGAUGGUGAUGGUAAUGUUUUCUUUGUCUUCACUAUCAUUUCCACCAUAGCUACUCUCCUUAUUGCCCGCAACUAUCGGUGAACUCUUAUAACAGACCAGCUCGAGACUCUUCAAAAAAUCGUCCAUUGUUGUAACUUAUUUAUCACUUCUUCGACAUUCUUAUGACUUGUAUGUGACUUCUUUAUUUGUCUUUCACUCUUAGCUGAUCACUUCAAAAGUUUUUCUAGUUGCUCUUUUUUUAUUCAUUCUGUUUCUGUAACUCGUCUGCUUCAAAAAAAGUAUUUUUUUAUCCUUACUUACAUUUUAGAGAAAUUAUCUUGUCUUUCUUUUUUUUUCUCAUCUUUUUCAAAAAUUCCAGGACUUUUAGCUACCUUACUUUGCUUG